UCGCCGUCGACUUUCAACCGGUGCACAACCAAAAAUCAUUCUCUAGCCGACAACUACUCUUGGCAGUUACUUGUUCACUAUUAUUCCGACAUCCACUGCGGUUUCCUGUGUAGAAUUUAUAGCGUCCUGAACACAUAAUUCUUUCACAGAUUCCAAUAUUGUUCCUAAUCAUUUUCAAACAUACCUCUGUGUAAAAAUGUUCACCAUAACCAUUCCCUGCAGUGCCCUUUUUGCUUUUUGCUGCCUGGUACCGGCUUUCUUGUCUAACACCGUCUACGCCGUUCCCCUCGACCCUGUAUCAGUUAAAGAAGGCGUCUUCACAUACCCAUCGCGUGGUAACAACAAGCCAUUACAUAUAUGUAAAUUCUGAGUUAGUAAAAAUAAUUUAUUUUAUAUUAUAAUAUAUUUUUGCAUUAUUACGACUAAAAUGUAUAACAUUAUUACGACUAAAAUGUAUAAUAUACAUUUGAUUUUAUGUAUAAUAUACAUUUGAUUUUAGGAUAUUAACGGUCAUUAUUACACUGACAUAAUGACAGUAUUAUUAUCGUAACAGACAUUUGAUAUUCUAAAUGAAAAAAAAAAAUGAUAAUAAUAAUAAUAAUAAAAUUGCAUUUGAACCAAAUAUUAGUAUUCAUAUUUUUUGUAUUAUUCGUUCAGAUGACGCACCGGCAUCACUCAAAAAACUUCAACCACAUAUCGACUCAUCCGCGCCACUUAUACGGUGCUACUGCAAUUUACCGGUGUGCUUGACAGCCACUGGAGGUAUGCCUGUGUGCCAUACCCGCCAAGGAUGCUAUUCCCGCAUACAGAUGAGCGUAUCGGAAUUAACUGGACCGUCGCAGGUGGCCGACCCGACGACCCCAACUACCACUACCACUAUUCAAUCCAUACCUGAUGAGUUUGACGAACGACUCAUCAUGUCGAACAUGGACCACGUUAUCAACGGAGCUUACGGUUGUUUAGACCUUCUACCGACGUAAGUAAAACAAUGCUGCAAUAUAAUUCUCCAUUUUAAUCUCCCUCUAAAUUAUCAUUAAAAUCGAUUAAAUUUCAAAUAAACUUUAUACAUAUAAAGUAUAAUAAUUUCAAUUGUUUCUAAACCAUCAGUACUAAUACUACUCUAAUCUAUCCUCCUUAUUUAUAUUCACAUAGUCCGAAUAGCUUAUUUAGUUUUUUAAAAAAAAAAAAACGGACGUUCAGGUUUUUUAGAUUUUAAACGUAGCGAGGGAACUAUGGGUUAUACUUUAUGUAUAUUUUGUUUUUUAUAUUUUUUCUACAGUAAACAAUUUUUCGAAAAUAAAAACCUUUUUCCGAUGUAUUACAUGUAGCACCUUUUCUGAAAGUUAACUUUAUCUAGUAAAUGGAUUAGAUAGGUAAUUUUUUUCAUUUUUAAGUGGUGUACAAAAUAAUUGGGAAAAUCUUGAAAGAAAAUUAUAAGGAAAGCAGCAAAUACGAGGGCUAAUCAAAAAGUAUCGAGACUGAUAAUAUGACUCGGAAACCGAGCGUUGAAGAGCGAAACGAUUUAUAAACCUAGCUUCUAUGACUUAUACUGAGCACAUGUAUUCGUAUACAAUCUCUAUAAACUUCUUCGUUUUGAUUUGACGAUAUUUUUCUAAAUUUUUUUUUUCACGUUUGGCGAUUUCGUAAUGAAAUCAAAAGAAGCGGAACUUGCUGCCACUCGAGGGCACAUUUUCAGUUUUUUAAUUGACAUUUAAUGGCAAAAACCAUGAAAUGUUGAAUCCCUCUGAAACUGGAAAAAAAUGCAGAAAAAUUUUCUAAAAUCUCCAAAUCUGUCAAGUUACUCUUCUUUUGGAUUUAUUACAAAAUCGCCAAACUCAAAAAAUAUAUUUUACAAAUAUAUCAGUGAAAUCAAACCGAAGAAUUUUAUAGAGAAGCAAUAAAAACAAAUGUACUCAGAAAAAGUCAUAGAAGCAAGUGAUACCAAUCCUACUGCUCUUCUGUGCUCCUUUUCCGAAUGAUACUACCAGUCUUGAUACUUUUUGAUUAGCCCUCAUAUAUACCGCGCACCUCGGCGUUAAUGUUUUACAUUUUUUUUCACGAUAUUUUCUACCAGAAAUAUAGCUACAAUCAAAAUAUGAUAUGAGAUCAAUUUUGUUCUUUUAAUAUAUAGCUACUGAAUAAAAAAUUCAGUUUUUUGAUAUCUAAAGUAUGUUUUUUAAUAUUUUUAAAUAUCCAAAAAAAAUAACAACUAACAAAUUACGGCGCAACGAUAACAUUAUUAUAAAUUUUUACUGCUUAGAAUUUCCAAAAAUACAUUGGUCUAAUAAAAAAACAACAAGAGACAUAUUUUGUUAAAUUUUCAGUCUUAUUAGUGACCAAGAAAGUCGUUUUUUUUCUUGGUAUUUUUUUUGAUGGUUGAGCAAAUCCAUAAAUACGUAGAAAGAACGGGCAAAUGUAUGAAAAUAAUAUUUAUUUACUAUUUUAAAUGUUGUUCUUUUAAUACAAUUCGGUUAUAAAUAUCUGUAUAAAUUGAUAAUUUAACAGAAAAUCUAUAAUCGCUUUCUUUUUAUGUGUUAAAAUUUCAAAACAUAAUUAAAAAAAUAAUUGAGUAUUAAACAUUGCACUCAAUGUAUUUUCUUUCUUUAAUAUAUAAAUAUAUAUAAAAAUUAGUUUUAAAACAAAUUUUGACAAAAUCGUAAAUAUUACGGUUCUUCGAAACAUGUAUAACCGAACUUCACCCGAAUCGUUUUUUAUUACUAAUGGAUUAUCGUUAGUUACAAGUAUAAAUUGAAUAAUUUUAUAUCUUCAGCCGUCCCGACUACCCAUCUAUAGUGGCCACGGGUAAAAUUUACUGAAGAGCAAAAUAAACAGAAAAAGCUUUUUCGUCGAACACUCAUACGUUUAUUGUAAAAAUAUUUGAUAACAGAACUUAAAUAAUAUUUUUACGCCUAUUCCCCCAUGAGUAAAAUUUAAUAAUUAAAUCGAUUUCAAAAUUAUUAUUUUUAAUAGAUAAAUGUAUCCAUUAUGUGUAUGAACUUAUGAAUAUCAGAUGAAUAUGAAUUGUAAUUUUUUUUUCUUUUCCCAUCGUCCCGCUAUGUAUAGGAAUCAAACCUGCAAUGAUAUGCUCAAGGUAUCGGAAGAUUCGGAGUUUCCGGCAUUACCUUCGGUAAACUCGUCCGAAACUCUGCAUGCAUACCGUUGUUGCCAAAAUGAUAUGUGUAAUAAACGCACUAACCCGACCACGACCGCCAUCCGAGAAGCACGAGAGGCUCUAAGAAAAACAUUUCAAAGUUCUUUUCAACAGCGCAAACCAUCGGUGAGCGAAACGAAAACAGUUGUCUUGGCAGCAGCACUUGCUUACAACGCUAAAACCAACAAAGAACCAAUCCGCGGCAGUCCUAUCGAAAUCGCUCCUGAAAUCUUCCCUGAGAUAAACGCAGAGAAUAAAGCAACGACAAACAACCAGAGAACAAUCGGCGCGGUAGAUAAUCUUAAAGUUAUGAAGUGGUUAGAGUUUGCCGAUUCCGGUGACUCUAAAAAGACCACUCCCGCCGGUAUUGCAAGAAACACGAUGCAAUUCCCCAGCACUACUCUAAAAGGAGAAUCGUCUCAGCGUGUCAAACCGAUCUUCGUAGCUCCAGAAGAGUUCCCGACCAAUAGUGUGUACCCGCCGAUAUAUUACCGGAAGCCCAAUUUUCCUGUCGCAGAUUUCAUAAAAAUCAUAAACAUCGUAAAACCACUGAAGCUAGAAGAGAGCGAAUUUCCAGCCAAUAACAUAAUUAGCCGUCGCCUGAAUCAAGAAAGAAAAGGUGUGUAUACAGAAUUUAUAAUUAUAACAAUGAUAAAAUAAUUAUAAUAAAUCAAGUACCAAAUAAUUUAUAAAAUAAUGAUAGGACAUAGGUAUAAAUGUACGCUCAUUUUUAUUUUAUUUUUUUUAAUUUUAACUUAAACGCAUAGGUCUCGGUAAAUGAAUACGUCGAUUUGCAAUACAACUUUUAGAUAAUAAUUGGGUGAUAUGGAAGGUCGAGACACUCGUGGCAAUACAUUUACAAACAUUUUAAAAAGCAAAAAUGAGAGAUCAGUUUUUAAUUCCCCUCCCACCUUACUAAUGGCUAUAACUUACCAAAUUUAAUUUUUUAACACUGAAAAAUUGAUUCGCAAAGAAUAAUUUCUUUAAAAUAAAACUGUGUGUUUUUUUUUUUUAAAUCAUAUUAUUAAUCAUUUUUUUAGUUUUAGGAAAUCAUAUUCGUAAAUCAAAUUUACGAAGUUGAACUAUUAAACCCCUAUAUCAAUUUUGCAUUUUUAUACAUUUUUUAAGUAAUUUUUUUUAAAGCUUUUUGAUGUUUUUAAGUAUUUUUUUUAGAUUUUAGGAAUAUAUAAAUCCAGUCUCUAAAACUUAUUCAUAUAAAAUACGUAUGUAAAUACAAAUUUUAAAAUAGAUGUGUAACUGCCAUAUCACACUUGUGCUUUUGGUAUUGACGCAGUACGAUAGCAACAUAGGUAUACUUUUAUGUUGUUAUUACUGUUAUGUUAUGUCCGCGGUAACCAAAGCCGUAAUUGUUAAAAUGAUAUCUGUGGCAUGGUGCAAGAAGGGUUAAUGACACUUAAUACAAUUGCUGGAAAAUGGACUUUAAAAAUUUAAUCUCCAAUAAGACUCUGUGUCUUUUAUUAAAUGUAAAUUUUUGUAUGAUUUUCAAUUUUUCACAAAAAUUUAAACACUUUUGAAAAAAAAAAUAAUAAAAACUUAUAUAAUUUUCAUAUUUUUACUCUUCUAUAUUUUCAAAAAAUUGACAUUGGCCUUUCUUGCACCAAGCCACAGAAUUAUUAAAUAGAAAUAACAGUAAUCACGAUAUAAAAGUCGAUCGCAGCUAUCCAGUUUCACCGUAUAUCUGUACAUUUUUUGGUUUGCUUAGAAUUAGGUAAUUUUAUCAUCGUAAUCGUCGUUUUAAUCGUCUUUCCUGUAUUAUAGUACAUGCCGAAAAUAACGCCAACGUUGAGCGCGAUACUGCAGCGUUUUAAUCAGUCGAGGCACGCCAAUCGCCUGCAUUUCUACGAUUACGCACUUUCUCCAAACAACCGAACCAUAAACACAACCGCCUUCAACAAUCCAAUAACAACGUCCACAAGGUCUAACAACAACCACGACUAAAUCGGCAAGCCGCAAUCGUUCACGGCGCCUCGUCCGAUAAUUAACAAACCAUAUUUUAAUUUAAAAACGAAGAAAAUAAAAUUGCAUUUCAAUAAUAUACAUUUUUGUUCACGCUAAUCUAUAACAAACACAGACUUUAAACGAAAAAAAAAAAAUACUUUAGCUUUUAAUUACAAUAUAUUUUGUGCAUUAGAUUUAGGUGCCUUAUGCACAUGGUUUGUUUUUAGAAAAAAAUGUCAAGUUUAUAACACAAAGAAAACCGCUUUAAUUUAAGUGCCUUUUGCACGAGCUUUUUUAAUGUAACGCGAAGAUAGAAAAAAAAAUUAUAAAUAACACUUAAGUUUAAGUUUUUUAUUUUAAUAAAAUAGUUAUAUAUAGGAGGAAAAAAAUCACUUAAAUAUCAUAUUCAAAUCGAUAUUAAAGUAAUAUUAAUUUGUUUAAUACAUCGUGCUUGAUCGAGCAUAUCAAUCUUACAACGUUUUUACAAUAGAUUCCGUAAUACAAUAAAAUAUUAUUUGAUCAAGUAUCAAUUGUUUUUUUUUUUUUUUUAGAAUACGUCCCAAAAUUAUAAUCAACAGUUAUUAAUAUUUUUUUUUUUAUUUUUACGUGUCUUAAACUAUAAAUAAUUUAUCCGAGUGUUCAAUCAAUUAUUUUAAUUUAUAAAAAUCAUUAUUUCCGCUAUUGUGAUUCGUACUGCAAAAUGUAUUAAAAUAAUUCAAUAAAAUUUUCGUGCCGCGGUAUUUGAUACAACCAUUAUAA